AUGAAGAGACUGGAUCAAAGAGGAGUUUGUGGUAGCUGUUGGAUACACACAGCGGUCGCAACAGUCGAAUCAGCUUUGGCCAUCAAACGAAAGAAAUAUGUUAUUCUCUCCGAACAACAGCUUAUCGAUUGCGAGGGUCGACAGAGUGGAUGCAUGGGUGGAUCGAUGCCGAGAGCGUUCAAUUAUAUUGCCGAGUAUGGAUUGUACGAGGAGCAUCUCUACCCGAAACACGAUUGGAAUCGCUCCGCAUCAAAGGACUGCAGUGAAGCAAAGAGAAAAGGCGCUAAACGUUUCAAAAUCUCCUCCCAUAUUCUCUUCGGCGACAAUGAGGAAAAAGCUGCAGAUUGGAUAGCAAAGAAUGGGCCGGUGGCUGUAGGAAUGAAACUUGCUCCAGCAUUUUUCCAAUAUCGUUUCGGUGUCUGGAUUCCCGAAGCAAGGGAUUGCCUUCAUUCCAAACACUCCCAUGCGAUGGCGAUUGUUGGAUACGGUGUCGAACCUCUCAACCCUUUUUGGCUCUUUCGAGGCUCUCUACUUUGGCAUUUGCUGAAGCGUCGUGGAUACUAUUUUGAAGGCGGAACCCCGUACUGGAUUGCCAAGAACUCGGCGGGCUCAGAGUGGGGAAAUGAUGGAUUUAUAAAGAUUGCACGAGGUCACAACGUUUGCGAAAUGACUUUUUCAGCGCCGGUUUUACUCGAC